AUGAUCUUUGAGCCGCAUGAGGGUGUGGACGGUGUGAGCUUGAGUGUGCCAGAGCUGCGGCACGAUUCGAGCGCUGAACUGCUUGGCACAUCACAAUCCGGUCCUUUGGAGGACUCGAUGUAUGAGGGCGGCAUGAGUCCUACCUCCCACAAGCGGCCCGCUGAUGUUGCGGUCUCGGACGUUCUCCCGACAAAGGCAGCCAGGGAUACCGUACCAACAAAACAGAAGUCCACACGCGGUGCGCGUGCCUGCACCAACUGCCAUCGUCUCAAGAUGAAAUGUGAAGUGAAAAAUGAUGGUGGGCCCUGCUUGCGGUGUGCUCGCAGUGGACAUGAAUGUAUAUUCCUCGAGAGCAACCGAGGACGUAAGUCCGACAAGCACCGGAAGACAGCUUCUAUGCAGCAGACCGUAAAAAAGAUGGAACAGGUUGUUGAAUCUGUGCUAGAAACCCUGCAUGAGACCAACUCUUCGUCGCCUGAGACCGAUGCAGCCUAUGCCGUGCCCCUGGGCUCCGUUGGUGAGGCAGCGACUCAAGUGGGUCUGUCACCAGCCGUGGUAGAUAUGCUUGUGGUGCGUGUACGUGACCUGAUAUAUUCAACAAGCGGCACUAUAAAGUAUACACACUCUCGUUCAGCUAUUGCAGGAGAAACUGUCAAGUUUAUGCAGCAGAUGGGCAUGCUGGAGGGGACAAAAAACACGACCCAGUGGCUGGACUCGAGUCAGGAUGGAUUUAUCGCGCGCAUAAUACGUGCAGCCACGCUGGGCAUGCGGCCGUCGACCUACGCGAUGAUGGAGGACGCUGCUCCUCCGAAGCGGGGUGCUGAGUCGAUCAAGGCGACGCAUUUGCCUCCGUUGCCAGACAAUUCGCUGAAUCCGCUGGGUCUUUUCGCUGAAGCGAGCUUGCACAACUGGAGAAUGCAGCAGCAAGCAGGGAGUACGUGCGAUGGAUCGCAAGCUUCAACAAGCAGGGCAUCGGCCCAUGGCGGUAAUCCAGGGCCCCGCAGUCUGGCCGAUAAGAAUGCAGCGCCCGAAGAAGAGCAUGCGCGCAAGCGGCGGUCGGUGCAAUUUGGUGUGGCGAAUGAUACCUACUUCCACCGGAGCUCCAUGUCCGCCCCUCGUGCAAGCGAAAAUGGUGCGGAUGCGCCUCCCGAACUGCUGAGAGAGGGCAUCGUCUCGUCGGAAGAAGCUCUAGAGCUCUUUCGCAUUUUCUUUCAUCACUGUUCUCUCCACAUCUACUUGCUGGACCCGGAAUGGCACACGCCCACCGCGGUAUGCUCCCGCUCGCCGUUCCUGUUUACGUGCGUGUGUGCGGUGGCAUCCAAGUUUUAUCUGCGACGUCCCGAUCUGUACGUGUCAUGCCAGCGUCGAGCCAUCAAGGGCGCGUUUGAUGUGCUCAGUCGAGGAUACAAAUCGCCUGAAAUUGUGCAGGGCUUUUUGCUUCUUACCCUGUACAACCAGCCCGUCGAGCGGUACGAAGAGGAUAGGACGUGGCUCUUUGCAGGCAUUGCGAUUCGCAUGGCGCAGGAGCUGAACAUGCAUCGCAAGUGUGUGAUGCCACCUGAGGCUAGGGCCGACGAGGCGACUAUGCGCCACGUGUUGAAUUGUGAGCGCACAUGGUACAUUUGUUUCUGCGUCGACCGCACGCUCAGUGCACAGAUGGGAAAACCGUAUAGCAUCCGCGAAGAUUAUCUGAUCCGACACGCGCCGGACUGGUGCGUUCAGGAGCUCAGCCGCCCAUGGGAUCUGGGCAUUUGUGCAUUGGUCGAUCUGCUGCGUGUGCAGACGCGACAGCUUGAUUUUUUGUACUCGUCGACAUUGACCCCCUCGGGUCUUCAUGUUGGCUUGAACUACCCUGCCAUCCUACCCACAUUCAAUGAGCAAUUGUCCGAGACGAUGCAAUUUUGGUACCGCCAAGGUCUCGAUUCGUUUACCGGCACCUUUCCUCUCCCGUCGCGUCCCCACGAUGCCGCGACGGUCGCGCCGCCCCAGCAUGCUGGAUCGGAGACCCAGGCCCAAGCUGCUAUGGCUCCACGGGCGGAGCAUGACAUGCAUGGCAAGGUACCCGCAUCUGACGCGGCGGACAAGCAUGGGCCGUGUGCACCGACGUUUCUGCCGACGCUGAAUCACGCUAUCACGAACCUCGACAGGGCUGGCACCGCGGAUGCGCCUCGUGUGUCGGCGUGGAUGGCGCUGCACGAAACGAGUCCGCCCGCCGAGAAUGCAGAUCUAGCCACUCGAUCAAUGUACUAUAUUGCCCGCCAGGCGCCGCUACGCUACAAUUAUGCCGUGCUGGUGCUGAACUCCUUUGGCCUGCAAUAUGCUCUCGAGCGACCCUCCGACUUUGCAUCGGCAGACAAGCCGCAAUACCUUGCGCGUUGCGUGCACGCAGCGAAAGAAAUCAUCUCGACCGUCAUGUACGGCAUGCGAGAAAUACUGCGGUACGCGCCAGAUCCCACGUUUGUCACGGUGGCGUACGCCUGCGUCUUUUUGCUCAAGCUGAUACAGCCGAUGUUCGCCCGCUAUAUUCACGAAGACGAGAUUCUUGUCUUGGUCACUCACACGAUCGAGGUUUUGGAGGAGGCGGCCGUAGACCCGUCGCACACACCCGCCCUGUACGCGUCUUUCUUGCGCAUGCUGAUUCAGUCGCGCCUCGAGCAGCGUUCGCGUGAAGGUACGGAGCGCUCGUCGGUGCCCGACAUGCAGCAUGCCAACUUGCCUGAGCACCACCAGCUCAACUCUGCUCUGCCCUCUUCGAGUGCUGGUGUUCGCGAUCCGACCCUGGUCCCGCCGAAUGAGCCGUCUAUGACCGUCAACCCACACCAGGUGAACCCCGUGGCAGCGGAGCUGGCGUCGCGGGAAAAAGUCGCCUCACCGGCUACGCCAGCGCAUCUGCGCCGCACGUCGCCGUCCGUGGAUGUUUCCAAGCGCGCUGCAGCCACGCCUUCGAAUCAGCCGCCCUUUCGCCACGAGAAUGCUGCCCUGGCUGCUCCUGCACCCGUGCCGGGAGACUUGCCCCCCAAAGGGGCCGACAUACCCAGUGCGACACAUGAACCGUUCGCUGAGCACGGCUGGGAUGCCGCCCAGUACGCCAAGGCCCAGGGCGUCGAAGUCAAUCGUGUGCUGGAUGACAGCUUCUGGACAUCGCUUCUCCCCCCCGGCUACGGAGGCGGCGGCUCCAUGGGCCACAGCGGCGCUGGGAGCGCUGGCAUCUUUGAGCUGAGUCGCGACUCGGACCUAUUCAAGCCAUCGUCCCAGUGGGGCAGUGGCCGAACGGCGCUCACGCCUGGCGCAACGCGGGCCUCCUCACCGACGCUCCUGCACAUGCCUUUUUAA